AUGGCCGUGACACAACUCGACGACUUGCCUGAAGAUUGUCUUGCCCAUGUCAUCACAUUCACGACUCCUCAUUACGCUUGCCAGUCCGUGCUCGUAUCAGCAAUGUUUCGUAGAUCUAUUGAGUCGGACAUCGUGUGGGAAAAAUUCUUGCCUCGUGAUUAUCGCGACAUCGUUUCUAAGUUAGUAUCUCCGAUAGAGUUUUCUUCAACAAGGGAUUUGUUUUUCAAGCUUUCUGCUCCUCUUCUCAUUGAUGGGGGUACCAAGACAUUUGCCAUUGAUAAAAUUACAAAUAAGAAAUGCUACAUGUUGAGUGCAAGGGAAUUAUCAAUUGCAUGGACAAGCUUUCCUCUUUACUGGUGCUGGAAACGCCUUCUUCAAUCAAGAUUUGCAGAAGGAGUAGAGCUUAUAAUGUUUUGUAGGCUAGAGAUAUAUGGUAAAGUCAACACUCGAAUACUAUCAUCAGACACAACUUAUGGGGCGUACCUUGUCAUUAAAUUUGCGGAUCGUACUUUCGGAUUAGAUUCAUUACUGUCUGAAAUUUCAAUUGAAGUUGGCAAUUACAAAUCGAGAAGAAAGACUUAUCUAAGCUACAAUAAGCGAAUGAAACAAGAAUUUGGACGUGUUUUCAAUCCACGACACAAAAUUGACAAACCAAGAUCACGAUUAAGAUCAAAAGUUUGUGAAGUAGAAGAAUGCUUUCUUCAUGAAAGGAAAGAUGGAUGGUUAGAGGUUGAAUUAGGUGAAUUUUAUUGCGAUUGCACAGACAGAGAAGUGAUAAUGAGCUUAGAAGAAGAGGUCAAGGGUGAGCACCUCAAAGGGGGACUUAUUGUUGAAGGCAUUGAGCUUAGGCCUAAAUACUAG